AUGGACAGCAAAAUGUUUUGUGUUAUCCUUGUAAUAUUUAUAUAUCUUCAAGAUCAGAUUUAUGUUGAAAGCCAAGAAUGUAGAUUAAUAGGGAAAUUUGAUCUUCACGGAUUUCUGGAAUCAAAAAAUCAUGAACUGAUUAUUGGCGGCAUGUUUCCAUUUCACUUCAGGACUAUACUUGUAAAUGAUUCGGGACUGGAAGAACCUAAAUCACCGAAGUGUGAAGGGUUCAACUUCCGCAGUCUGCGUUGGGCCCAAGCCAUGAUGUUUGCGAUUAAUGAAAUAAAUAGGCGUACAGACAUUCUGCCAAACAUAACUUUGGGCUAUCAGAUUUUUGAUUCAUGUUUCACUAUCUCAAAAUCAGUAGAAGCAACCCUAUCAUUCCUCACCGGACAAAAUGAAACCCAUCCUAAUUUCCGGUGCAGUGCUGGGGCCCCCCUUGCAGCGGUUAUUGGAGCCGGAGGAUCUGCCUUAUCUAUAGCAACGGCCAGAAUUUUGGGACUUUACUAUUUUCCACAGGUUGGAUACGCUUCUUCCUGUUCCGUUCUCAGUGACAAGUUCCAGUUCCCAUCAUUCCUUCGCACAAUACCCAGCGACAUAGCCCAAUCCAAAGGCAUCGCUGAGCUUGUCACAUACUUUGGUUGGACGUGGGUCGGAACAAUAGCUGCGGAUGAUGAUUAUGGGAAAUAUGGCAUUAAGCUUUUUAAAGAAGAGGUAGAAAAGCAUGGUGUUUGCAUAUCCUUUUCUGAAACCCUCCCAAGAAUAUAUAACAAAGAAGUAAUUGAUAAAAUUGUGGAUACAAUAAGAAAAUCCACUGCAAAUAUCAUAGUUAUCUUCUCAUCAGACAUAGAUCUGAGUUCACUAAUGGAAGCCCUGGCAGAAACUAACAUCACUGGAAAAACCUACAUAUCUAGUGAAGCUUGGACAACUUCAGCAUUAAUAGCGAAACCAAGUUAUUUUUCGUUUCUUGGUGGAACAAUUGGAUUUGCUAUUCGGAGAGCUGAAAUACCAGGGUUUGAACAGUUCCUCCUUGAUAUACACCCAGAACAUGGGAACGAUGAUUUGGUCUAUGAAUUUUGGGAAGAAGCAUUUAAUUGUACCUGGCCCACAACCAGAGCAGCUUUUUAUACCAACAUAAGCAUUGAAGCCAAUGUUGCUGGAAGAAAAAGAAACAUCUCUCCUGAACAUUGCACAGGGAGAGAGCAUCUUGAAUCCAUACACAAUACAUACACAGAUGUGUCUGAGCUGCGAAUUACAUACAGCGUAUACAAAUCUGUCUAUACCAUCGCACAUGCUCUUCAUGAUUUAGAUAUAUGCCAAGAUGGCUUUGGGCCUUUUCCUGAAAAUUAUUGUGCAAAUUUACUUGACUUUGAACCAUGGCAAUUGAUGUACUACUUAAAACAAACAAAAUUUCAAGUCUUUACCAAUGAAAGCAUACAAUUUGAUGAAUCAGGAGACGUAGAAGGUUAUUAUGAUAUUUUAAACUGGCAAUGGAAUACAAAUGUGUCAAUGGCUUACACAAAAAUUGGACAUUAUAAAUCCACUGGUGCAGGAGCAAACUUUGAAAUCAAGAUAGACAACAGUUCCAUAUUCUGGAAUACACCAAAUGGAAUGCCUCCGCGCUCUGUGUGCAGUGAGAGCUGCAUUCCAGGAACAAGGAAAGGCAUAAGACAAGGGGAGCCGGUUUGUUGCUUUGACUGUAUUGCAUGUGCAGAUGGAGAAAUAACCAAUGAGACAGAUGCAAGAGAAUGUAUUGCGUGCCCAUCAGACUUUUGGUCAAAUUCACACAAGAAUGAGUGUGUCUUAAAAGAAGUGGAAUUCCUUGCAACUGAUGAAGCUUUGGGAAUCACUCUGAUAUUCCUGGCUGUAUUCGGGGCAUCCCUAGUAAUAGUGUUUGCAAUUAUUUAUGUGAUGUACAGGGAAACAGCAUUAGUCAAGGCAAAUGAUCGCGAGUUGAGCUUUGUUAUCCAGGUAUCCUUAGUUUGCACUUUUAUGACUUCUAUUCUGUUUGUUGGCCAGCCAGAAGAAUGGUCAUGCAUGGCGCGUCAGACUACAUUAGCCUUGGGAUUUUCCCUUUGCCUGUCCUGUAUACUUGGAAAGACUAUUGUAUUGAUGCUAUCCAAACGAGCUGCAAAAUCCAAGGUUGCUGAUAAAAGCAAGCUGAUAGUAGUGAAGCCUGUGCAUCAGAAAAUUGUUGCCGUCAUCGGAUUGACUAUUCAAGUUGGGAUAUGUACGGCCUAUUUGAUUAUGAAGCCCCCUUGGGUGUACAAAAACAUGGAAUCCCAAAACAUAAAGAUAAUUCUUGAGUGCAAUGAAGGCUCAAUUGAAUUUCUAUGCUCCAUGUUUGGGUUUGACGUCUUUCUUGCCAUACUAUGCUUUUUAACCGCCUUUGUAGCUCGAAAAUUACCUGAUAACUUCAAUGAGGCUAAAUUUAUUACUUUUGGCAUGCUGGUCUUCUUCAUCGUAUGGAUAUCUUUUGUCCCAGCCUACUUAAGCACAAGAGGGAAAUUCAAAGUAGCUGUAGAGAUCUUUGCUAUAUUAGCGUCAAGUUUUGGCUUACUCGGCUGCAUUUUUGUCCCUAAAGGAUAUAUCAUUUUGCUGAAACCAGAGAGAAACACUGAAGAAAUUGUUGGUGGCCGACAGGUUACUAAUGAUAAGAGCGCACCAGCUACGUCUGCCUCAAUCACCAGUGAAAUUAACAGCACAACAGUCUCUACCAUAGUGCUUGAUGAUUAAAUUUUAGCUUAAUAUUGUUCGAUUAUUGACAUUGUAUAAAUAACACAAAAAAGAUUCAUUGCUGUUAAGCAAUCCAAAGAUCUUGUUAACGUAAAGCAUUUUAUAAUUUGGAUGAUAAGAUGUUUGAUUUAGUGUUUGGGGUGAAAAUUCUUUUUUAAGAGAUGGAAAGUUAUUUAGAAAAUGAUAGCCGCUUUGCAAUAACCACAUGUGUAUAAAU